AUGGCUCAGAAGAAGAAGCUAAAGAAGAAUAAUGAUUAUGGCAUAAUUAUUCAUAUACAAGUUUCUUCUUAUAUCUCUGGAGUUUUGAUUGACCAAAAACAUAAUAGUUUGUUUGAUAUUGGUGUUCAUCUGGGCCAGUUCAACCUUUUGCAUAAGAUGUAUGUUUCGGAUAUUUCUCUCCACAACACUCCACAUGUUGUUAAGUAUGAUCUAGAUGAUGUUGGUAAUUAUGCCACUGACAAGGAUGAUGUCAUUAAGAAGGGUGAUUAUGUGGAAGUUGAAGACUUUCCUUUUGCAAACAUAAUGAAGAGAAUCAUGGAGAAUUUAACCAAGUAUAAUGACAAGGGUAAACAAGAAAAGGAUCAUGUGGUGAUUAAUGUGGGUGAUAACAUUGAUUAUGUUGUUAAUGAUUCUAUCAAUAUUGAUGAGGGUUUUAUCCCUAUGAGCGAUGAAGUUCAUGAUGGGACUGAACCAAUCAACGAAGGUGUUACUAAAGAUGUUGAUCUUUGUAAAAGGUCUAAAAAUAAGUCAAAUACAAUAAUUUAUGGAAAUAAUAUUUCCAUAAAUGUUUCUAUUGCUUCCUUAUACGACAUGUAUUUCCAUUAUGAGGAAAGUGUGUUGAACUGUAUACUUGCUGAAAGUAGUUGCACUCAACUGUUGUGGAGUAACCAAAUGCUCAAAGAUGUCAUCAAAGAUGGUAAUGAAAAUUUCAACCAGGUUGUGCCAAACAAUAGGUAUGACAUGUUAGUGAAUGAGUUUCCAACUCAGAGGAAGGAUGAAUAA